GCCGUGUCCUAUCCGCUCUGGCACCUGAAGACUCGCGAGCAGGUACUGGGAGGCAGCGCUGCCUUCCACUUCCGUGAGCUCCGCAGCCACCACGGGCUGACCGGCCUCUAUCGGGGAGCUGUUUUCGGAACGAUUGGCCUCCUGCCCGCCUUCUGCUGCUGGGUGGUGGCUUACGAGUGGUCCAAGUGGCACACCUCCCGGCUCCUGUCUCCCAGCGCUGCCCCGGCUCUGGCGGCCGCCGCGGCAGAAUGUUGCUGGCUGGCGCUGUCCAUGCCCAUCGAAAAUGUCGCGGUACGAAUACAGUGCCGAAAUGCUGCAGCGCCGCUCUGUCGAAACGGCGCUUCGCUGCGCGAAAUGCAGCUGCUGCUGCGGGAAGGGGGCCCCGCACGCUUCUGGAAUGGAGGACUGUUAGGCCUCGCAUCUUCGCUGCCUCACUCGGCCGCAUGGUGGCUGGUGUACGAAAAUUCGAAGUCGUUUCUCCUGGCGAGCAAAGCUUUCGACCAGGUCAGUCCGGAAGUGAAGCAAGGUGUGGCAGCUGCGGGUUGCGGGGUGGCGGCCGUCGUGGCCUCCUGCGCCACGACGCUUCUGCUUAACCCGCUGGAUGUGGUAAAAUCCCAAGUCCAGGCGGCUUCGUGCAAGGAAAAGGUUUCCCUGCUCGACUACUUUGGCGGACAGUCGCUCCGGCAGCUUUUUUUCCGGGGACUUGGUCCGAGGUUGAUUUUGGCAGCUGCGCACGGCUGUUCGGACUGCUUCACAUACGAGGCCACGAUGCACUUCGGGAAGAGCAUGCAAUGA